AGUGGUCUGAACAAGCAUCUCUCGGAUUGAUCAGGACCAAAAAGUCGCGUAAUUAAACACGCAAGUCUCCCUUCAUGCCGCGAACCUCGAUGUCUUUUGCCGAGCCUUCGUCCCUUGCGACAGCAUACUGUGUGUGGGCAGGCACUUUGCUGGUUACGCGACCCCACACGUGCACAGAUGCUUGACAUGCGCCUGUCCUCAGCCUGAACCUGAACCUCGGCAUGUGCGACGGCACCGCGGCGUGCAGUCCAAGAACCUCCAGGUCUUGGCGGCUUGUUGAUGUUCCAAACGAACCAUUGCGCAACCGUCUCUUCUGCCGGUUAAGGUUCUGCAUACGGUACAUAUCUGCUGUCUCCUCGGGCCAAACGACAACCUUUUAAUUAUCUUCAAUUGAAUACUUGGCCUGCUGACAGCAAUUUGGACUUUGAUCUUGCAGAAUUACUGCACCAUCGCCAAUCGAGAACGAUCGCAUCGCAGAAAGCAAGCCAUCCGCAACUACCGAAGUCCGCAUAUCCAGAAUCCAAAGUAGAGGAGAAAAAACCCGGACACACAACAAAACAACAAACCAAAUAGCCCAAAAUGGUCGCCGACGCCCUCGUAUACCACCCCACGGUGUCGCACUACCUCAAGUUCGUCGCCACGACCGUGGGUCGCGACAAGGUGCUGCGCGUGAUCCAGUACUUUGCCCGCUUUUACGCCUGGUACCUGUUCCGCACCAACGGCACGCCCGGCGAGAUCGCCCCCUGGGCCGCCAUCAAGAAGCAGUUUGGCCUCGUGCGCAAGUUUAUGCGCGUCGGCAAGAACGUCGAGCACCUGCGCGCCGCCGCCGUCGCCGCUGACGCUAAGACUGCCGACCCCGUCGUGCGCUACACCACCGUCGGCCGCCAGCUCGGCUACGCCGGCUACCUGACCUUUGACGCGGCUACCGUGCUCGACGCCGCCGGCAUCAGACCCUCCAAGAACGCCGCCAGGCUCGGCAGGGAGGCCUUUAGAUUCUGGGCCUUUGGCUUGACCUUUAGCAUCGUCGGCCAGCUGUACGCUCUGUGGAGGCUGAAGGAGCGCGAGGCCAGGGUCGACCGCAAGGAGGGUGAGGGUGUUGUCGAGGGCAAGAGGAUCGCAAUUGAGAGGGCGGCCGCCCGCACCCAGCUCAUCUCUGACCUGUGCGAUCUGACCAUCCCGACAUCGGCUUUGGGCUGGAUUCCCUUUGACGAUGGCAUUGUCGGUAUCGCUGGUACCGUGAGCAGCUUGAUCGGUGUCAUGGCACAAUGGAAGAAGACCGCAUGAGUGGCUGCUCAAACCGGUCUUUCAGGUGUUGGCGCAGAAGUGGUUUCCCGGUGAUAUUUGGGGGGGGAAUGGGGGGCUCUACGAGAAUCAAAGUUUGGCGAGUUGAAAAUUGUUCGAUAAUAUUUGGGUUCAACACUUUGGUUGCUUUGUCGCAUUUGGAAACUUGACAGCCCGUCCUCUAUAUUCUAUUUUGUUCUUCUUGUAAGCCAGCACCUACCUGUCUACAGUAUGGAUUGUAUAUUAUAAUCGAUCGAUUGCUUUUUUGAGUGGUCUGGUGCUUCCUCA